AGAGAGAGAGAGGAAGGUGCGCACAGUGCGCGCGAGCUGUGGAUGCAGGAAGGACUCGGGUCUGCGCGCGCUCUAAUCCACACACACACGCGCGCACACACACAUUUUCGGAAGUCUGGGCUUUUUUUUAAUUAGAGCGCGCGUGCCGCAAUCCUGCAGCUCGACUUAACGCGUGCGUGUGGCUCGUGCGCCAGGUGUGGAAUCAGGGGGAGCGCGUAAGGGACAGUGCGCUCGUGUGUGUGUGUUUGUUUGCGCUGGGAGAGGGGGACUCUGGGCUGAAGGUGGGUCUGAGCCUCGUGUCUCGUCGCCCAACGUCGCGUGCAGGUGCGACGUUCCUAACGUUCCGUGGGGCUUCGAGAGCGCGCGCGCGCGCACCACACAGACGCCAUGGCGGAGGAGCCGCAGCUCCAGCAGCCAAAGUGUGUGAGGGGACAGAGGGAGCAAGAUAAAGAGCCCGAGCAGGAGGGAGAGGGGAAAGGAAAUAGAGAAGGAGAGAAAGAGGGAUCCGGAGAGACUUUCACUAUGGAGCAGGAGAUGAAGAUCAGCGACGUGGAGGAUAAAGAUCUUUUAGAAAGCAGUCUGCGUCUGAAACCCCACGAAGCUCAAAAUUACCGGAAGAAGGCGUUGUGGGUAUCAAUGGUGUCCAUCGUGGUGACACUGAUCCUCGCCAUUGCUGCAUUCACCGUUUCCGCAAUGAGAAGCAGCGCCUCCUCAUUUGGAUUUGCUUUCGACGCCUCGCUGGACGUGUUGAGCUCCAUCAUCGUGCUGUGGCGUUACAGCAAUGCGGCGGCCGUGCACUCUGCCCACAGAGAGUACAUAGCUUGUGUUGUUUUGGGGGUUGUGUUUAUCCUGUCUGCGCUAACCAUAAUGGUUAAGGCCAUCCAUGCUCUCGCCACCAAAGUGCUCCCUGAAGUGGACGACUUCCUCUACAGCGUGUCGGUGCUCAGCGGCCUGGUGUGCACAAUUCUGGCGGUGCUCAAGUGCAUGCUGGGUAGAGUGCUCACCAGCAGGGCACUCAUCACCGACGGUUUUAACUCGCUGGUGGGCGGAGUUAUGGGUUUCUCCAUCCUCAUCAGCGCUGAAGUGUUUAAGCACAACCCCAAGGUUUGGUAUUUGGACGGCGCCAUCGGUGUCCUGAUUGGACUCAUCAUCCUCGCUUACGGCAUCAAGCUGUUGAUUGACACUGUCCCUCGAGUAAAACAGACCAGGCACUACGAGCGCUUCGAGUAGGAUCAACAGCGCACAGUGGAGACUCUGGACUUUAUACACCCACACAUACACACACACACACACACACACACACACACACACACACACACACACACACACACACACACACUUUGAAAAGACUCUUGCGACGAAUGGAAAACCCACGCACAAACACUGCACAUAUAACACACACACACAUCCGCAUACAUACAGAAUGCAUCACUGUAACCUCUCAUCAUCUUCAACAUCACCCCUGCUCCAGGAGGAAGACAAGGACGAAUUCGAACAAGAACAGGUCCUGAAGACAUGGGUCAAGGAAGCGUUCUUCAUGGGUGUGGCAAAUCGAAUGAAGCUGAUCUUUGAGGACAUAAAAUGUUAAUCAUCUGUGGUGAAUAAGAAAAAAAGCACAUUUCCUAUGAGAAAGAAAGAGGGCGUGAGCUCGCGUUAAAUCAGACGGUACCUUGGACACAAAACUAUAUUUAGCAUCCAUUCAUCUUCAGCAGGAUCUUCGUGUACACCUCGAGCGACAAACCAAGGAGCAGCUGGCACGCCGUUACAGUAACUCGCCUCGUCUGGACGCCCCCCCCACCCUCUUUUCCUUACCUUUAAUGUGAUUACAGGGUACGGAUUUCGUUUGCCAGGUGGACGUCUACCUCUUUCCAAACCCGCCAGUUGCAAGAUGAUCCCAUCCUGCAGUUCAUACAGUGAAGAACGUUAUGAUUAGAAGAACAGAAAAGAAGCACACUCGUUGGAGCACAGAGAGAUUAGCACAAGAUUGAAAUUUGUACUAUUGUACUGUACAUAAAGCACUCAUAGCUACUAAUAGCAUAGCUACAUUGUUCUGAUAGGUCAAAAUUGUGCUCAUAUUUUCGAGUGGUUAUGUAGACUUAAAUGAUGUUUAUUGUGGAAUUAUUGGUAGUAGCCUACACUGGAAUUUGAUAUAUAUACGCCAGGUAGUUUAACGUCAUUUGAGUUCACUUAGCUCGCGCUUACUCGUUCUUACUUCUGGUUAUUGGAAAAGGCGAGCGAUUUCUCCUGAUGCGUUUUAGGUAUCGUGCGUGUACACAGCUGUCAAAAAACUCGGUGUGAUUAGCCUUGUAUUCGGAGAAAACGUGUUACUAGCGGAUUAACCGCUAUUGAAGCUACGCGUAUAAAUGUACAUACUUUUCUGUAUCCGUACUGCCGGCACACACAGCAUUCGUUUUUCACAAGUAUUUAAUCCGUAAACCUCCACAACCGAACGUACCUUCCUCUAAUGACCUGUCUUUUCUUUCUUUCCUGUUUUACUUGUGUAACACUUUCUUAAAAUAUGGAUGUAGAGUAGAUCUAGAUGUAGAACCAGACUACAAAUAAGAACACGUUUAAUAUGAGUCUAGUGUUAUUGAGACCUGGGAUGUGAACCGUUUUGAUGAUUACAGCAGCAGUUCUUCACUAUCUAAAUCUUCAGUAUCUCCAGGUGAGUCACAAGUAAAGCCAUUCUUAAAAAGUUGUGGAACUGAUAAUGAGAGAGUAGAACAUGUUUUAGAAAUCAUUUCAAAGUAAUACAACUAUUAAUCCACCUUAAGAAUGCUACUUCUAGCUAGACCUGUAUUUUGAAUGAACUUUUUGAAUUUGAAUCAUCUAAUCUCCUCACGAGUGCUAAUUCUAGCUAAGCUAACUGCCAUUUCAUAGUCGUCUUUUUUGUUUUUUUUUCUAUUCCAUUUGCUCGGCUAAUUCUAGUAAGGUAACUAGGAACCUAGAUUGCAGGCCAAUGUAGCUUGUGUAUAACGCUAAUUUACUGAUCGAUUUCACAUUUUCUAAAUCGUUAAUUCACCUUAAAAUAGUUAUUUCUAUUUAAUCUGGAAUGCUAGUCAUUUCACCUCGCCAAUGAACUCUAAGUGAAUUCAAAAAGAUGCUACAUCUAUCAAAUUAGCUAGAACUUGGACAGGAAAGUCUGAUGGCACCAGCUCACAAAAAUAAAAGAUUGAAAUGUGUACGUUUACUUUUAAUCAAAUCUCCCCAUUUGAUCUGAAUACUAAUUCUAGCCAGUUAGCUAGAAGCUAAAAAUGUUUAUAGCUUAUAAAGUAUUAGCACAUUCCCUAGUCUUUAGGGUAUUUAUUAAGAAUGUUGAUUAAUUUAUUCGUUUUAGAUUUUAUAAAACGUUAAUCCACCUUAGGAAUGCUACUUCUAGCUAGUCUAGAACGUUCAACGUUUAAUUAUAAACAAAAAAAUUUGUUUCUUUCGCUAUGAAAAUAAAAUCUCCUCACAAACGCUCACUAUUGAGACAGUAACUGGACAUUUAUUUUCCUUUUAGGAGAUUUAUGGAAAAAAAAAUGCUGAUUUGUUGGUUUUUAAUUUAUAAAACAUUAAACUAUCGUACGAAUGCUAUUCCCAGCUAUCCUCAUACAGUGCUGUAAAAAAGUAUUUGCCCCCUUUUGUUUAUUAAAAAUUUUAUUUUUUUUUUUUAACAAAUUUUCCACGACUGAAUAAUAUUGAUUUAUUGAUUCGUGUUUUUCAUUCUUAUAAACCAUUAAUCCGUCUUCAAGAACACUAGUCAAGGACGGAAGGUUUUUCAUUGUUUUUCUACCUCAACUUUCCAUGUGGAUGCUAAUUCUAGCUGCACUAGCUGGCAUUCCCUGUGUUUUUAUAAGCUUAAUUAAUUAAGGGUAACUGAUUUAUUGAUUUUCAUUUCAUAAAACACUAAUCUAUCCUAAGGACGCUACACGUAGCUCGCCUAGAAAGUCUUGCUUUUAAUUCGUUCCUUAUCAAACCACGUCAUAAGCGCUAGCUCUGGCUUUUCUAGCUAGGGUUUAGCAUGAGGCUGUUCUGGCGCAUUUACACAUACUUUUAAAAAUAAUAAAUUUAAUUUAACACUGAUUUAAUGAUUCAGUUCUCAUUGAUAAACAUUAACUUCUAGCUAGUUUAGAAAGUUUCCUUGAUUUGAUUGUUUCCUCCUCAAAUUUGGCCUUAAUCUGGCUAGUCUAGGUCAGAGCUAGCAUCUGGAAAAUAAAAGAACCAGGAGAUAUUUGAAGAAAAUAAAGAUUUAUUGAUUAAUUCAUCAAUUUAGAACACGUUAAUUCACCUAGCUAGUCAUAAUCAAAUUUUUCUCUCUCAACUCUACUCCUGGAUGCUAAUUCUAGCUGAGCUAGCUGGCUAGCUGUUUUUAUAAGCUAGGUUAGGGAUAACACUGACUUAUUAAAUCUCAUUUUAUUAAGAUUUAAUCUAGCUGAAGGAGGCUGGUUUAAAUAAGUAUAGAAUGUCUCGUCUUGAGAGCCAAUUCUGGCUAGUCUAGCUAGCGGUUAGCGCGAGACUGAUCUGGAAAAUUAAGUCUCUCACAUUUCCUGGUUCUUUUAAGACAAUUCUGAAGAUCUGUUUGAUUGCGUUCUCAUUUAGGACACGUCACUCCGCCUAGCUAGUUUUAAUUUAUUUUCAUUUCAUCUUUUAUAUUUCUUCCCUCAACUCUCCUCAUCGAUGCUAAUUGUAAUUGGUUAACCGUGUUCGCUAAAUUCUUCAAAACAGACAGAGUUGAAGUUGGACUAACCACACUAACUAAAACUCUUCCAUAACCAUGUUACGGUUCUUCGCGAGUAAACAGGUGGUG